AUGGGUCGACAUCGUUCACGUUCAAAUUCACGUUCACGUUCUCGAUCAAUGUCUUCAAGUUCGUCUGGCCGUGGUGCACGUUCAUCAAAUUGGAAUGGUGAAGCAGGUUAUCGUGUUCAUAUAUCAGAUUUAGCAGCUGGUGUUUCACGUAAAGAAGUUGAAAGAGUAUUUACUAAAUAUGGAACUAUUAAUGAAGUAUGGGUAGCAACAAAUCCACCUUGUUUUGCUUUUGUUAAUUUUAAACAUCGAUCUGAUGCUGAUAAAGCUAUACGAGAAGUUGAUGGAAAAAUAAUUGGUUCUACACGUGUUGGUGUUAGUUGGGCACGUACUCGUACUUAUGGUGGUCGAAAUCGUGGAGGUCGUGGUUAUUCAUAUCGAUUUAGUGGUAGUCGUCGUCGAUCAAGAAGUCGUUCAAGAAGUAGUUCACGUUAUCGACGACGUCGAUCAAGAUCACGAUCAGGUUCACGAGAUCGUUCACGUCGUCGUAGUAUAUCACCACGAGAUCGUAAACGUGGACAUCAUUCAAGUGAUCGACAAGAAUCCAAAUCACCUCGAUCAAUUUCACGUUCUCGAUCACGAUCACAUGUAUCAUCAAAACAUAAAUCACCUGGUGAUGCUAAUGGACGAAGUCGAUCUCGUAGUUCAAGUGUUGAUGAUCGUCAUGAUAACAGAGGAGCUGGUUCAUCGUCAGCUGCUGGAGCUGAUGGAAAUAAUACUUAUGAUCGAUCACCAAUUGCUGCCGGUGAAGAUUAG